AUGGGAGGCAAAGCGAAGCCGACGAAGCACUCCGCGAAGGAGAUCGCGGGGAAGGUGGCCGCGGCGACGACGAACAAGGGCGGAGGCAAGGCUGGGCUCGCCGAUCGCAAGGGCGGCGCCGCGGGCCACGCGAAGUUCAAGUGCCCGAGCUGCGGGCAGCAGGCGCCGUCGAUAAAAUCAGCCGAGAUGCACUGGGACUCGAAGCACAGCAAGCUGCCGUUCGUGCCGGGGGAUUGGUCGGACACGCACGCGGAGCACGGGGGCGUGACGACCGCGGGCGUCGCGGUCAAGGGCGCGGCGAAGCAGAAGACGGUGCACGAGCUCGCGAAGACGAAGACGGGACAGGAGAAGCUCAAGCAGCUCGAACAGGAAAAGCUCAAGCAACAGUUUUAG